AUGGAUUGUUCUAAUCAAUUACGUCUAUCAGUAGGAAUGUCAAGUGUAACAUUUGUGUUCGAUGUAACUGGUUCAAUGCAUGAUGAUCUUUUACAAGUUAUUCAAGGUGCAACACAUAUAUACAAUGCAACACUUCGACGAGAAAACUCUAUUUAUGAUUAUAUUCUGAUACCAUUUGCUGAUCCAGAUGUUGGACCAAUAUUAAAAACUCGUGAUUCAAAUCGAUUUCAACGAGGUUUACAAGAUUUAAUCGUACAAGGUGGUGGUGAUUGUCCAGAAAUGACAAUAACAGCUAUUAAAUUAGCUCUUGAACAAUCAUUACCUAAUUCAUUUAUCUAUGUAUUUACGGAUGCUCGUUCAAAAGAUUAUUCAUUAGGUGAUACGGUUUUAAAAUUAAUUCAAGAAAAACAAAGUCAAGUCGUAUUCGUUAUGACAGGUGAUUGUGGUGAUCUAGAUCACAUUGGCUAUCAAAUAUUUCAUAAAAUAGCUGCUACAAGUAGUGGACAAGUAUUUACUUUACAUAAACAACAAGUCAGCGAGAUUCUUAAUUUUGUUCAACAUUCAAUUCAAACACGAAAAGUGAAUUUAUUAGUUGUUGAUAAAAUCCAACGAAAUAAACAAACGUAUACAUUAGCUGUUGAUUCGAAACUUCUUGAAUUUACUGUAUCAGUGAGUGGUGCUAAUCCACAGGUGACAUUAAUUGAUCCAUCAAAUAAAACAUUAAAUCAACAUGUAUGGUUUACACGUACUCUACGUUUAAAAGAAGUUUAUAUAUUAAAUGUAAAACAUCCCACGAUUGGGGAAUGGAAAAUUCAAGUCAUGUCUUCUUCAGCACAUUCAAUUCGUAUAACAGGCUUAAGUAGACUAACAUUUCGAUAUGGUUUUUCAGCGAAUGUUAUUACUGAUUUAGCUCGAACACGUCGACAACCAAUUCAAGGUUGUUUAACUUAUUUAACAAUCGAAAUAAAUAGUCCAGAUAGUAUUCGUAAUGCUGAACAAAUCGAAUUAUUAGAUUUAUUUGGUAAUAUACUCGUGAAUGAAAAAAUUCAAUCAAACUCUACAUAUUCAACAUUAUAUUCAACACUGAGAAAAUUUGAACCACCAGUUAAAAGUUUCUUCUUUUAUAUACGAUUAUCUGGUAUUGAUAGUAAUGGUCAUCGUUUUCAACGUUUAAGUUCAACAGCAGUUGCAUCUUAUAUUGCAUUAAAACCAGUUGUUCAUGUUGAUUCAAAUUUUAUUCAAAUAAAAGCAAAUACUUUAAGUAAAAUUCAAUGUCACGUACAAAGCCAACUUUCAUAUCACGUUCAAUGGUUAAAAAAUGGUCAAUUGAUUUCUAUUUCAAAUUAUUCAGCUCAAAUAAAUACGAUAGAAUUAUUAAUUAAUGAACCAACUGAAAUGAAUGAUGAAGGAUUAUAUAUAUGUAAUGUAACAAGUACAAGUGGUUACGAUAUAGGUGAAAUAAAUGUAGAUGUACUGAUUCCACCGCCACUUGUUCAAAUCGCACCAUCGCAAUCAUUAUUUACAUUAAUUAAUAGUACUGUUUCAGUCGAUUGUAUUGUACAAAGUACAAAAGAUUAUCAAUUAUCCUGGAAAAAAGAAUUAUCAUCAUCUGUAUUGAUUGAAACAUCACAAAAUCGAACAAUAGUUUUAAAUAAUGGCACUUUGAAAUUAAUUAAUAUUCAAAAAGUAGACGAUGGUUCUGUUUUUGUAUGUAUUGCACAAAACGAAGGUGGUGAAACGCAGGAGCGUAUUACAAUACAUGUACAAGAAAAUCCAUAUGUUUACGUUUACCCACAAACACUUCCGUUUUCAAAUCAAUGGAAUGUAACAUUAACCUGUGUUGUUACUGCUGGUAUUCCACGUCCGUUAUUAAUAUGGCGACGACAAAAUAGUCUAAAUCCUAUUGAACAAUCUGUUAAAAUACGAAGUCAUAAUGGACUUUUGACGAUUAUGAUGGCAACAAAAGAUGAUGAAGGUUUUUACGAAUGUAUUGGAAGUAAUACGGCAGGUGAAGAUAUUAAAACAGCGCAACUUAUUUAUGCUGAACCUCCAUUAGUAUCAACAGAGAAUUCUUAUAUAUUGGUAUCACCUGGUCAGGAUGUUGAUUUGAAAUGCAAUGUAAUAAGUGAAACAUAUCCUGAUAUACGUUGGUUUAAAGGAAAUGAACCUGUAACUCGUCAUCAAACAAGCCCAAGUGGAUUGUUGCAUGUCAAGUUAGCAUCUGAAGAAGAAGAUAGUGGUAAUUAUACAUGUUUUGUACAGAAUACAGUUGGAUCAUCAUCUACAUCAAUUCGCCUUGAUGUUGGAAGUAAACCAACGAUAUAUAUUCCAGUAAAAGAAGUUCAAGCUGAAAUCGAUACACAAGUUCAACUUGUUUGUGAAGUAGAUGGUUCACCUAAACCUCACAUAGUUUGGUAUCAUAAUAAUACAGAACGUCAAUUUCAAAGUGAUGAUAGAUCUAUAAUGAUUGUCACAAAUGUGCAACAAAGUCAUGUUGGCACUUAUACAUGUUUUGCCUCUAAUAUAUUCGGCAAUGUCAGUGCUGAUAUCAAUUUGAUUGUGACCAUGAUUCCACGAUUUACAUUUGAAUCUAAUGGGUAUUUAUAUGGUAUCGUUUCAAAAUCAUUAUUUCUACCUUGUAAUCAUAUUGGUUUACCAAAACCAACUGUCCAUUGGCUUAGAGAUGAUCAUAUAAUGACUUUGGAACAUGAUCGAAUGACCAUUGAUUCAACAGGUUCAUUAACGAUUUAUUCGUUGAAAACAAUAGAUCGCGGUUCAUAUAUUUGUGCUCUUUAUAAUGACAUCGGUCAAACAAAACAAUUAUUUCAAGUUGAUGUUUACGAACCGCCAAGUUUGACAAAUAAUUCUGUAGAAAAUGAAUUCGAUGUAAAUAUAUAUAUGCCAAUCCUUCUUCCUUGUCCACUUACUGGUUAUCCUCAACCAAGUAUUGCUUGGUACCGACAAAAUAUGCUAAUCAAUCAUAAUGAAAAUACAAACAUCUAUUUACAUUCCAAUGGCUCAUUAGAAAUUCUUAAAGUGGAUAUAACAGAUAGUGGUCGAUAUCACUGUGAAGCAGCAAAUCCAGCAGGAACUAGCAUUCAAUAUGUGCGACUUAAUGUAAACAUUCCACCUUCGAUGAUUGGUGGUGAACAAGAAACUAUUGUACAAACUACAGUUGGCAAGUCAAUUACAUUAAUUUGUCCUACUAUCGGUACACCAGAUCCGAUCAUAACAUGGUUUAAAAAUAAUAAUCAACUUAAAACAUUUGAUUUAAAUAAUCAAUAUGUAUUGACAAAUAUUAUACAAACUGACGAAGGUAUUUAUCGAUGUACAGCAACAAAUAAAGCCGGUACAACACAUCGGAUAUUUAAUGUAUCUGUUCAUAUGCCUCCAUACUUUGAACAUAAAACAGAAAAUAUAAAUCGUCUUCAACAAAAAUCAAUUAUAUUAAAUCAUACACUAGCAUUAUUAUGCCCAGCUAUAGGUUUACCUGAGCCAAAAUUAGUUUGGUUUUAUAAUGGAAACGAAAUUCAGUUAACUAAAAAACAUUAUUUAAUCAGGCAAAAUGGAAAAAAAUUAAUUAUAAAUAGAAUUAAAUCUGACGAUGAAGGACGCUAUAUCUGCCAAGCGACAAAUACAGUUGGAUCUAUCGAUAUCGUUUAUGAUGUUAAUGUUAUGACUCCUCCAAAAUUUACCGAAGAACAUAAUGGAAUAUUUGCAACAAAGCAAUCAUAUAGAACUGGAGAAUAUUUACGUUUGCCAUGCACUGCAGAAGGCAAACCAGUACCCAUUCGACGAUGGUAUUUCAAUGAAAACAAUACCCUCGAUUUACAACGUACUCGAUUUCCGUACGAUGGAGUUUAUAUGGAAAUAGAACACUUAACAUUGAAUGAUGCUGGUCAUUAUAGUUGUCUAGCUGAAAAUGCAGCUGGUCGUGCUGAAAAACAUUUCGAUAUUGAUAUAUCAACUCAUCCGGUAUUUAAUGAUUCAUUAACACAAAUUAAAAUACAAGCAUUAAUUAAUUCAACAGUUAAAUUAUCUUGCGAAGUCUAUGGUGUUCCAAAACCUUCAAUUAAUUGGUUCUAUAAUACGAAUUUAUUAAUAGAAAAUCAACUAGAAGAACUUAACAUUGAACACGUUCAAAUUAAUGAUGUUGGUAUAUAUGAAUGUGUAGCAAUAAAUAGAGCAGGAGAAAUUCGUAAAAGAUUUACAUUAACAGUAUAUGCACCGCCAUCAAUCCAUUCAAACAAUGAAACGAUUCGCAUUAUAAUUCGUCGUAAUGAAAGUUUAACACUCGAUUGUCCAGCCAGUGGACAUCCAACACCAACAACUCGUUGGUAUAAAAAUGAAAUAGAAUUAUACAGAUUCGACCAAGAAUUAUUCAUAAAAUUCAUCGAUAGACAAGAUACUGGACUUUAUUCAUGUAUUGUCUCGAAUAAUGUUGGUACAGAUCGACGAUAUUUUAAUAUUAUUGUGUCUGGUCCACCAGAAAUCUUACGCAGCCAUAUAAAUCUUCAUCCAACUGUGGUUCGAGGUUCUUCAGUAACACUUUCAUGUCCAUAUACUACGGAACGAUCUUCACUAAUAUCAAUAACAAACACAACAUGGAUUCCUCCUUCAUUUAAACGUGAACAUGAACAAACUCGUUAUUCACUAAAAUUAAAUGAAAAUCAAUUAGUAAUAUCAAAUGUACAAUUAGAAGAUGGCCAAGCAUGGAAAUGCAUUGUUGCUAAUGAAUACGGUUUUGAUUCAAUUGAAAUUCAACCAGAAAUUCUUGUACCACCUGAAAUAUUAAAUGACGAUACAGAAGAAUUAUUACAAGUUGAAAAUAAUAAUACAGUUAAAUUACUAUGUCAAACAUUUGCUCAUCCCAUAGCACGUAUUGAGUGGCGUAAAAAUGGACAUCCAAUUGACUCAAAUAAAUAUGUUACAAUAAAAAAUAAUCAUUCUGAAAUUCUGCAAAUUUUUAUCAAUGAUGAACGUGAUGGUGGUACAUACACAUGUGUGGCAUCGAAUUCAAUUGGUAAAAGUGAAAAACAUUUUUUUGUUGAUAUAUUUUUACCUCCAACAUUUGAUUAUGCAUCAACAAAUCGUCAUAAAACUCAAAUAAAUCGUACUUAUACAUUACCAUGUCUGGUUAAAGGUAUACCACGACCAACAAUACAAUGGUUAAAAAAUGGCAAGAAAUUUUAUAUUGAUAAUAAACAUAUUCAAUUAUUUCGAGAUGAUCAAUAUCUUGAAAUUCGAAAUGUUAACGAACAAGAUGCUGGAGGUUAUACAUGUUUAGCUGAAAAUUUAGCAGGCAAAGCUAAGCAAAGUCUGGAAUUGCAUGUAUUAGUCCCACCACGCAUUGAAGAUGACAUAACAAAUAUAGAAGUUAUUUUUAAUUCCACUUUUAAUUUAACAUGUUCAGCAUAUGGAAACCCAAAACCGACAAUUGUGUGGUAUAAAGAAGGCCAACAUUUACAAUAUGGUAAUCAUUAUUUAACCAUCGUACUGCCAUCUAUGAAAAAUGAUGCUCGAAUAUUUUAUACAUGUAUUGCUUCGAAUGAAGCUGGAAGUGCAGAACAACACUAUCGUAUUAAUCUUCUAGUUCCUCCUUCAAUUGAUUCAGUAGCCAUAACUCCAACGUCAACACCAAUCGCUGGUAAUCAUUUUACUCUAGAAUGUAAUGCUAAUGGUAUACCUGAACCGAUUAUUUCCUGGCAUUUUAAAAAUCGUCAGUUAUCAUCAGGACGUAAUCGAUAUUAUCAAAUAAUUCGUGCUUCAUUAAAUGAUAGUGGUUUGUAUACAUGCUUAGCUGAAAAUAAAAUUGGCAUUACAAAAAAAAAUAUCCAUAUUGAUGUUCUAUUACCACCAUCGAUUGUUAACAAUGGUCAACUAGUAAAUGAGAUAACUAUCGUGAAAGGUGAAUCGCUUGUUUUAACUUGUUUACUUCGUGCUGUUCCUUUACCAACUAUUAUUUGGACAAAAAAUAAUCAAAUAUUGUUUGAUACAGCAAGAAUUUCAAUGACAGAUAAUGAUUUUCAAUUGCAUAUUGAAAAUAUUUCAUUGAAUGAUCGUGGUAGUUAUCAAUGUCAAGCAGAAAAUCUAGCUGGUCGUUCUCAACAAAUAUUCGAUGUACAAGUUUACAUACCACCAGAAAUUCAUCUUUCAAAUAUUAAUCUUAAUCCAUAUGUGAUUCUUGGAAAAAAUAUCAUUUUAUCAUGUUCUGGAUUUGGAGUCCCGGAGAUAAAUUAUCAAUGGUUCAAAGAUGAAAGAAGUCUAUUAGAAUCUCAUUCAUAUGCAAGAUUAUUAGAAAAUGGAGCUAGAUUACAAAUUGAUACAGCACAUUCAUCAGAUGCAGGCCUUUAUUCAUGUCAAAUGUCAAAUAUUGCUGGGCAAGUAAAUCUGACAUAUCAAUUAGAUGUUUUUAUACCACCGACGAUUGAUCGAUCGAAUUUAGUUGAAACAUAUCAAAUUAAAUUUAAUCAAACGGCUCGUCUUGAAUGCCCAAUGUAUGGAAAACCUGAACCGCAUAUAAUGUGGUUCAUUAAUGAAAGAGAUUUGAAUAGGAAUAAUGAUCGAUAUGAAUUAAUGGAUGACAACAGAGUAUUAGUUAUUCAUUCAGUUAAUCUAAAUGACAAUGCGCGUUAUACGUGCAUUGGAACAAAUAUUGCUGGAGAACUUUCAAAUCAUAUUGAUUUACAAAUAUUUGUUCCACCAACUAUACAGCGUGAUCCAACUGUGGAUAGUGUGAAUGUUAUUCAAAAUCAUCAUAUUGCAUUAACUUGCAAAGCAAAUGGUGAUCCAUCUCCGUCAGUAUCAUGGGAAAAAGAUGGUCUUCCUGUUGAUACAGUGAAUUCACGCUAUAGAAUUGGACCAGCUGGUUUUCAAUUGCUCAUUAUUCAAGCUGAGCCAUCUCAAGCAGGACUUUAUACUUGUCUUGCGUAUAGUAAAGCUGGUGAAGCAAAAGAACAAUUUCGUUUAAUAGUAUUAGUUCCUCCACGAAUUCAACGAGAAAAUACAUCAUUUCUUGUCGUAGCUCCAAAACCUAUCGAACUUCCAUGUAAUGUUAUACAAGGUCAUCCAACACCAAUCGUUAAAUGGUUUCAUGAUGAUAUCGAAUUAGAAGUGUCCGACGGUAAUAUCAAUUUAAAAUAUAUAAUAUCAUCAUCGAAUAGUUUACUUCUCCUUCAUACAUCAAAAUAUGAUGAUGGAAAAUAUCAAUGUAUGAUAACAAAUGAAGCUGGACAUGAUAGUAUAGACUUACAUCUUGAUAUAUACGUUCCACCAGCAGUCAUGGUAGAAAGCAAUGAAAUUAUUGGUAUUGCCAACAAACCUAUUACACUCAAUUGCCAUGCUGAUGGAUAUCCAUUACCUGUCGUAUACUGGACAAAAGCAGGUCGUUCGAUCGAUAGUCAACCAGGCUUUCAGACUUUAAACAAUGGCUCAUUAAGAAUUCAUCAUUUACGAGUUCAAGAUACGGGCUACUAUUUAUGUUGGGCAGAAAAUCUUGUUCAACGUACUUAUGCACAGAUUCGAUUAGAAGUUCAAGUUCCGCCAUCGAUUGAUCAAAUAGAAAGAUAUUAUAGCGGUACUGUGGGUCAAUCAAUAAAAUUAUCUUGUCAAGCUAAUGGUAUUCCUAUUCCAACAAUUACUUGGCACGGCGUAUAUAAUGUAUCAGGGACGGCUUCAAUUGAUUCUUUUGGGAAUUUAUAUAUAAGCCAACUUGAAAGAUAUCAUGAAGGCGAAAUAAUAUGUUAUGCACAAAAUACGAUUGGUCAAACAUCGAAAACAUUUACUCUUGUGGUUCUUGAUCAUGAAACAACUACAGCAACAGAAAUAGCAAUAAUUGAGUAUGAGUCCAUUUCAAAACAAAGACUUUUUCUGAUAAUAUCACCCAAUAAUUUAAUUGUUGAUUAUGGUGAUACAUUAGAAUUAAUCUGUCAAACAAAUUCAAUUAAGCCAUUUGAUAUUCAAUGGUUACAUAAUGGUCAUCUAGUAGACCGUAGUAACUAUUUAGUAUAUUCAUAUGAUAGAAGUUUUCUACAAAUAACAAAAGCUAUUGAUGAACAUACUGGAAUCUAUCAAUGUUUUUUAAAUGAUUCAUUGAACCAACAAUUUAUCAUGUCAAUGCCUAUAACAGUUACUGUUCGUCCUCAUCCGAAUAGUCAACAUCGUGCAAUAAUAGCAGGUCAUCGUUUAAUUCUUUCAUGUGAAAUUGGAAUCGCAGACGAUGUUCAUUUUCUUGGUACAAUUGAAUGGUUUCAUAAUGGAUCACCACUAAAACAUGAUUCAUUCAAUCGAAAUAGAAUUGAUUAUAGAAAUGGAACAUUAAUUAUUGAUCAAGCAUCAGGUUCUGAUUCAGGCGUCUAUAAAUGUGUAUUUGAGGGUGAUAAUGGAACUCGAUUGGAAUCCUAUCGUUCAGUCAACAUUCUAACGCAACCUACGUUUACAAUUAAAUUGCCUCGCUCAACAGUACGACCUGUCAAUGGUUCGAUGCUUAUGCUCAAUUGUCUUGCCGAUGCAUGGCCUGAGCCAACAUUAAAAUGGACAAAAAAUGGAGCUAUUCUUACAGAAAUUGAUGGUGUACGACUACAAUUAUUACCGAAUAACUCAUUGAAAAUUGAUCCAGUAGAAGUAUCUGAUACGGGACGUUAUACAUGUUCAGCUGAAAAUGCACUCGGUACUGCAACAACUACGUGUGAUGUUAUUGUUUAUGAAGUUCCAUUAACAACAUCAAUUCGUCAUCUUCAGGGUGAAUUAAAAGAAAUCAGUAUUGAUAACAUUGAACUUCAUUCUAGUUCAAUUUUUAAAAAAGCAACCUUAAAUAAAGUACAAUCAAAUCUUGUACCCUUAUUUCAAACACUUUCUGUCUUUCUUUUUCCACCCUCACUCAUUACUUUAACAACACCAAUGGCAAUGAUCGAAAACGUGUCGUCUUCGUUCUGUUCAAUCGACAAUGCAUAUCAACGUGACAUGAUUAUUUCAUUUGCAGAUGGUUCUCAUAUUAACAUAAUUGAAAGAGUUUCUGAUAGACGCAUUGAAUUUAAUGGAUCAUAUCCAGAUAAUUAUGAGUUUAAAAAUAAUACAUUUUUUACAGAAACCAUGGUUCAAACGGAUUCGGGUAUGUUACAUGUGGUAGAAUUCAGAAAUAAUGUUAAAUUACUAACAUAG